UUGAAGAAUUAUAGGCUUCCUGUCGAACUACGGCGUUUUCUUCCUACGCUUUAAAGUUGGUCCUUAAGACUUGAAAUCUAGUUGCGGGUCUACUUUCCACAAGAGUACCAUACGUUAUUUCCAAGGCAAAGUUUCCAACUUGAAUUCAAUAAAUCCUUAUGACAUGGAUUACAAAAUGGUUUAAACAGAAAGCUAUCAUAGCUGGAUGCAGGUUCAGUGUGGAUUUACUGCGGUUGAGGAGCAGGAGGAAACAGGUAUAGAAAUGUUUAGAAAGCAAUUAACCAAAUCAGUACCUAGUCAAGUGAUAGCGGCACACCUAGGCAAACAAACAUCAACUCAAAUUGUGAAAACUGGAGUCCGAGUGGUUUCUGAGAACACGUUUGCCCAGUCUCUAACAAUGGUGGGAGAAGAGGCCAUGAUAGCUGGAGUCGGUAUGGUGUCAAAGGAAAUGGUGACCCGAAGUGUUUCAAGUGGUGGACAAGAGGCCGUGAAAACUGGAAUUCAAACAGUGACAAAGGAGGUCAUCGAGGAUACUCUUUCAAUAGCGGGAAAAGAGGUCGUGAAAACUACAACAACAAAGGAAGUGUUGACUCAGAGCACAUCAAAAUCUGCGUCCAAUACUGUAGCCUUGGGUGUAGCCUGUGGAGCCGUGAUUGAAGGAAUCAGCGCAUACUAUGACAUUUCAUGCGCGCGCUAAAAUAU